UGUACAACCGCCUCAAUUUUAUCGCGUUUAUAAUACUAAUCGAUCAAUUGGGCUUUAUUUUUACCAAAAUCGGUGCAUGGGGUACUUUCGGCCCUAUUGUGUAGCCUCCAAUGGGGAGCGUUUCUACCUCAUCAGUCUUCAACCCUUAGAUAGCGGCUCAGUUGUACCCAACGAUGAUCCUGCUAGAUCUGCCUUUACCCGUCGCAUCGUCUUACUUCGGUCCACGUCCUAUCCUACUUCAUUCGGAACUAACACCUGGACCAUUGUUGGUUCAUAUCCCCCAAAGAGUACUGCAAUAACGACCAAUAACUAUGAUGUGCUCGUUGGAGACUUUGCGUUGGAGAUGAGUAACUGUCAAGUGGAUGCUAGAGGCAAUUUCAUCUGGAUUAGCGCUAAAUCCGCUGCAAAGGACUCUACCAAUCCGUCUCAAACCACCAUUGUCACUACUAAACCCAUAGGUGUACAAUACAGUCCUGGCGCUGAAGGAGAAAGUUCUCAAGGGACUUGGUCACUCAUCUCCACCAGCUCUUUAGAUCCUCUAGGAAAUUAUAUAUGGAGUAAUGAAAGUAAAGCCAAUGCCUUGUUUUCAAUGGCACAAGGUGUUUUUGUUCAUGCUAUAGGCCUGAGCAAUGCUGCUGGAAUAGCGCUUGGCCUUUUGUCUGGUGAUAAUCUCGUACAGUCUAAUGUUCAUUGGACUCUGGAGGCCUCAUUCGGAGUUCCAAAAGCAAUAACAUUUAGCAAUCACACGCUCUACGUCUUGGGAUCGGACAAGACUUUGAACGCCUUCCCUGUAAACACGACUGCAAACAACGUUACCACGCUGCUGGCGCAGCAACAAGCCAUCAAUUCAACCACCGUCAAGAAAAAUUCACUUACUACCUUGUCAGACGAAUGCAUGAAUUCUAGUUCAUAUAGGCUCUAUUCUACCGCGGUAGAAGAUAGGCUUUAUUUCCUCUGCACUGGAGUUAUACCAAGCGCAGAAUUUCGUGUGUUUUCACUCAGAGGAACAACCCUCUAUGGUCCUUUUUGGAUAACUCCUCCCAAUGUACAGUCCAAUAUAUCAGCAUUCUCUGCAGUCUCUAGCUCGCCAAAUUCUAUUCCUGGAACUGAUUUCUUGAUCUUGGCCAUGAAUGACAAUAUUUAUGGAAUGACAAUAGGACCUAAUGGACUAAUUUUCGAUACGGCGAACUAUAUCGUUGGCGACUCGGCUUCAUUUAGCAAUAUUACCCAACCGCCCCAACCGACCAAACCGGACUCCAAUACCGAUGCUGGAGGUGCUAAAAAGUCCAGCGAUGAUGUUACUGGAGGUAUCGUGGGCAGUGUGGCGCUUGUGUUGAUGAUAGCAGCUUUCUUCUUUUGGCGACGUAGAUGCCGUAAACGUCCAGCUAAGAUCAAUGAACUCACUCGGCGAUUUAAUGGGAUAAACUAUCAGACUCCGGCAUCAGCGCACACCUCAAGCGAUAUAGUUGCACCACCCCUACUUUCAUCUCAGCAACCCCUUAUGUUCGAUUCUAUGCCAACAGAAGAACAACACGAUCAGGCACAGAUUAAGAUGCAGAGGAUGAGGCUUGGUCCUACUCCUGCUGUCGUGGUUGAUGCCUCUGAAGGUGUUGCACUACCAUUAGCACCUCCCACCACUUCUCUUGUGGGUAGCAUUCCACCUAUUACAACUUUAGUUUCACCAGCACCUUUCUUGCUGGACCAGUCACAUUUAAAAGAGACAUAUGUUCAUCAUCUCGCUCAUCAGAAUCAGGAUGUCAUCCUAGGAGAAGAUUCAUACUCUCAGCCCCUGUACUCUGAACCACUAUCAGAGUCCUCCAUCACUGGGUUAAUACCACCGUCCUCGAAGACAUAUAUGCAUGAUUCAGAAGACUAUAGCUCUGGCUCUGGAAUGCGGACAUCUAAAGGACCCUUUUACUAUAAUAAUGUUUCGUCGCCGUCGUUGUCAUCGACAUCGCAAGCACAUCCGCAAUUACAACUAGAACAGCCGCAUCUAUCUCAAAGGGAAGAGAGGAAGGAACAAAGUGAAAGUGAAGAUGAGGAAGCAAUGCUGCACGCACCUCCACCGCCCUAUUUAGCGCAGAUGACACUGCAAUUGAACACGCCCAGUGCUCCAUCCUCAUUUGAUGCUACUCAUUGAAAUAUACCCUGUCACUCUUCCAUGUCUUAGAAUUUAUUAUUUCACCCCUUAUAUCAAAUAAAAAACAAAAAUUGCA